GGACUAGUUUGUGUUUAGGCAAGCCAAACGUCACUCGAGAUUUGUUGCGCGCAAGUAAGUGAAGCUGCACUCACUAUUUGCGCCUUCCCAAAGAACAUUCCACCACGGCCUUUGCGCACCUUCCUCCAAUCCGUUACCACCUACGUGCGCGCGCAGUAUUCCUUCUCCAUCCACCACAGCCAUGUCCGACGCACCAAAGUCCCUAGGCGAUCGCAUGACUUUUCCUGACAGCAACAACAACGAGAAGCUCGACUGGGCUGAGGAGGCCGAAGAGAUGGCCAACCCUACACCUGCACCCGCACCCGCACCCGCACAGCCUGCCGCAGAGACCACGACCGAACAAGCACCCACAGAUGACCAGACCGAUGGCGCAUCAGAGUUCCAGAUGGGCUCGUCGCUGCUUGAGCCCGAGUUUGAUGUCAACGUCAAGCUGAACGACCUGCAAGGAGACCCCAACAACCCUCUGUACUCGGUCAAGCAGUUCAGCGACCUGAACCUCCCCGACUCACUCCAAAAGGGAAUCAGCGCCCUCAGCUUCACCAGACCGUCAAAGAUCCAAGAGCGCGCGCUGCCUCUCCUCCUCCAAAACCCUCCUCAGAACCUCAUCGGCCAGUCGCAAUCCGGUACCGGCAAGACGGCCGCCUUCGUCCUGAACAUUCUGUCUCGUCUCGACCUGACACUCCAGCAACCCCAAGCCCUCGUCCUCGCUCCCUCGCGUGAGCUUGCCAGACAAAUCCUCGGUGUCGUCCAGGUCAUGGGUGGGUUCAUGGAAGGUCUUACCACAUACCAGGCCGUACCCGACCCAUCUACUCGCGGUCAGCAAGUCACUGGCCAGGUCGUCGUUGGUACCCCCGGCACUGUCAUGGAUCUCGCUCGCCGAAAGCAGUUGAACACACGCGGCAUGAAGGUGCUCGUCCUCGACGAGGCCGACAACAUGCUUGAUCAGCAGGGUCUUGGUGACCAGUGUAAGCGCGUCAAGCUGCUUCUGCCCAAGGACGUGCAGACAGUUCUCUUCUCUGCGACUUUCCCUAAGGAGGUCGUCGCCUUCACCGAGCUCUUCGCCCCCAACGCCAACGCCAUCACUCUGGAGCGCACCAACCUCACCGUCAAGGGCAUCAAGCAGAUGUACCUCGAUGUCAGCCAACACUCGGAUAAAUAUGAUGCACUCGUCAAGUUCUACGGUCUUAUGACCAUCGCCUCGUCGAUCAUCUUCGUCCGUGAACGCAAGACCGCUGAUGAGCUCUCCAAGCGCAUGGAGUCAGAAGGUCACCACGUCGUCACACUUACCGGUGGCCUCGAUGGUACUGAGCGUGAUUCGGUCAUCGACCGCUUCCGCGAGGGCCAGGCCAAGGUCCUCAUCACAACCAACGUCCUCGCUCGCGGCAUCGACGUUCAAACUGUUACAAUGGUCAUCAACUAUGACAUCCCCGACAAGCCGGCUCCAUCAGGUCGUGGUUAUUUGCCCGACGCUGAAACAUUCCUGCACCGUGUCGGUCGUACUGGUCGUUUUGGCAAAGUCGGCGUCGCUCUCACCCUCGUUCACGACAAGCGUUCCUGGGAAAUGUUCAAGUCCAUCUGCGAGGAGCUCUCCAUCAACCCGACCAAGCUCGACACCGACGACUGGGAUGAAGUCGAAACCGUGGUCAAGUCUAUCAUCAAGAGCGCGCGUAACGUCAAGAGCAGCAACACCAUGUUCGAGUCAUAGAAUGGAUCAAACACUGGUUCGGUCAAGGAAAUGGAACUUUAGAUAGAUUCCUCCCUACUGCAUCUGGCAGAUGAUGUUUUUCACGACGAAAGAUUCGCUAUUAAUGAGGAUUAUUGGGCUCUUUUAGAUAUGGAGCUACUGAAUAAUUCCACACGCUUACCGCAAUGCAACUUAUCUGAUUCAAAGGUGAUUGUUGAAAGUUGGACAUUGAGUGACACGAUUUGGCACCUUUUUUGUGGAUAUGUAUUCAAACUGGAAGCACGCCAUGGCUUUUUACGAUUUGUGAAUGUGUCAGGGCCGUGUCUACCAAAUCGGCACUGCUCUUGGUCCUCUAUCCAGAGUCAAGAGUAGUAUAACCCCAUUGCCCAUCCACAAGACAUGAUACGAUGUGAUGCACAUUAUCUCACGUCUCUUCAGGAACGAUACCAUACCCUUAGAUAGUGCACAACCUCCUCCGGAGCUGUUCAAGAUCCCAAACAACGUUGCAGAUGUCCA